GCGGCGCUCCGCCCGCGCGCACCGCGCACCGUCACCUCUCUCCUUGCACACCCACUACACAACCACUAAAACUAUUAUUUUUAUACUCUAUUGUGUAUAUUUAUCAAUUUAUAUAGAAUAAGUUUGCGAGUGAGAUUGUGACGCGGUGAGGCUACGGAGUGGAGUGAAAAUGAUAGUGGAGAUACAGCAGGAGGAGGUUAGAGGAAAGAGGCCUUUUAAGAUAUGGGAUAGCUCGCGGAACGUGAGGAAGGGAUUGGUGGUUACUAGCUUCGAGGAGCUCAUACACAGAGGGAAGGAGAAGUUGUCGGUGGGAGCGAGUGAGCCGGUACGGCUGGUGCUAGAGAGCGACGGCACGCAAGUCGAAGACGGUGACUACUGGCGCACGCUCCCGCCGAACACCGUGCUGCUGCUGCUGCGCCCCGGCGAACGCUGGUAUCCCACCGGAGUCGACGUCAUCAAGGCUGCUAUAUCGGCGAUACCAAAGAUAGUAUGCGAGACGAUUCACGCGCUGGAGCUGCACGAUGAGACGCCCUCAUGGAAAAUCAUGGACAACAAGGGGCGCGUCACGGUGGUGCUGCACUGGGAUCAGCGGCCCGCGGCGUCACCGGCUGCGCGGUCGCCCUCGCGCCAGCCCAAGCCAGACCGGCGGCCCAGCCUCGUGAUCCAGACGUCGCUGGACCGGCCGCAGCCGCCGCCGCCGCACAUCACCGUCGUCAACCACGACGACCCGGGCCCCGCGUCGCGCGCGCGCCUGGCACGUUCGUCAGGCAGCGUCGAGCACACGCACACGUCCGAGUGCCGCGCCCCGCACGGCCACGCGUCGCCCGCGCCGCAGCAGCGCGCGCCGCCUCAGGACGAGUGCGACUUCCACUGCUGCGCGCUGCACGAGGAGGGCCGUCGCAUCGCCGUGCUCAACAAGAGCGUCGCCACCUCGCCCAUCCAGGACGCGCAACCGCGCGCCUCGCCGCAGGGUCGGCCUAAAGGCCACGUACGCUUUCUCGACGCCGAGUCGGCACGCCGCGGCGAGCGUGACUCCUCGGAGAGCGAGACCGAGAACACCCUCGUCGAGGACGAAGCCGUCACCUCUGAGAAGUUCCUGCUGCUCAUCGACCAGUUGAGUGUUGAUCAGAAGCGACACCUCACCAUCAAAGACAUCGGCAUCAUCCUGGAGCGGCUCAGUUCCAAAAUCCUCGACGUGGAGCGACUGGACCGCGAGUCCGAGUCGGACGACUGUUACAACUGGACUAUCAAGGCGACGAUUCGUGGCGACGCGCUACGCGAGCUAGGUGUCAUCUACAACGGCAAUUAUUACGCGAUUAGCGAGCAUCCCGGCUACCGGGAGGAGAACGAGGAGGCCGGUGACGAGGGUGAAGAGGAAGAGGAGGAGGACAGGCUCUGAUCCGGCCUGUGCGGCGCCGCCGUGCCCGCAGCCGCGGCCGCCGUGCGCCACGCGAUCUGUCGCAUCGCCGCACGCUAGCAGUUGCCGGUGGCUCCGCACAUGCCAGAUCAUCACAUUCAAGGCCCGCAAGGACAGCAGUGGACCGUCUCGAAACAUGCUGCGCCCAAGCCGCACCGCAGCAGGAAAGAUGGCCGUAUCGCCAGAGAAGAGCUCAGAAGGAAUAGCACAUUGCAGUGAAUAAUUAGAGACUUAUAUAUGAAAUUUGUCGCGGCUCCGCCUCGGCCUCCGACGGGCUCGAGGCGUCGCCGAGUCCUAGUUAAUAAAUAGCGGAAAUUAUCGUAUAAGUAAAACUGACUUCCUAUCGAUUACUAAGACGAUUACUUAAGUGUACGAGCCGGCGAGCAGCGCGGCCGGACGCGAUAAGCAAAAAUGUUUAUCAUCGAGAUUGUCGUCAAUGUUCUUAGGUAAAUAAUAAAUUAUACACGUGUUAGCGACGAUUUAUGGUGAACAUUUCAAGGAACCAUUGGCUGCCAUGCGCUUUUGAAUUAUUUCCGAAAUGUUCGAGACGCCUGUCACGUACCUAACUUCCUCGCGAGGUGUGCGCGCCACCACACGCCGGUCUCACGCUGCACUACCUUAUGUUCAUUAGUUGGCCUAAUGGGUAAUAGGUUCGGGGAUUUGUAUCAAUGGAAUCUGAGAAUCCUGUGUUGUACAUUGUGCAAAGGUUCUAAUAGCGCCUCAACACCCGAGGACUUUAUUGUCACUUGAACACGUGGUGUUGGACAUGUUCACGCGUAAAUUAUGUGAAUGAAGAUAUAAACAUUUGCCCAUGUAUUCAUUAAUAAAAGUAUAUAUUAUCGGCGGAGUCAGAGUACAGCCGAUUUGGGGGCGAAAUAACCUCGGGUGCCGCGCCCCCACUCGCCGGCCAACGGCGGUGGGCGCGGGGCUCGGCAGUCUGGGCAUACAGCGCCUGCUUCCAGGCAUAGCCAAGACGAUGUUUCAGAGAGAGCACACAUUUAUAUAAUAGAUAUAUAAAAUUACCUAUAUUAAUUAAUAAAUUGAAUGUUAUAAAAGAGGUUGUAACUAAAAUACGAAUCAUUAUACCGUCACACAUGCAUCGUAACAUCAACGUGCCAAAUGAGGUAUUGGUAGUGUAAGUUGAUUCUUGUAUUUACUAGCUCUAUGGUAUCGUAGCAUUAUUGUAUAAUGUUUUUAAUUUUUGUAUAGUACCGAUACGUGAGUGGUUCAGCCACAUUAUAAUGUAUGAUAUAAAUGAAGUUUAAUAAGUUUUACAGCCCCGCGGGGCCUCAUAAAUUGUAUAGUUAUUUAAGGUAUAUAUUACGGUAUUCAUACGAUCGUCACGUGGCAGCACGCACUGGGCAGUGCUCGUACUGGCGCAGGAGUGUCUGGCACAUGCGCGCCCGCCCCCGAAAGUCGGCGGACGCCCCCUUGCCAGCGCACUGUUAGCCGCCGACACGAGUGGUUGUAUUUUUGGUGUACUAAGUGUGUGUUUCUUGCUGUAUCACUUUCAUUUCCUCUCUUUGACGAGCGGUUCGUGAAACACUCUACUUCAACUUUGCUACCUCAUAUUAUAGUCAUAAUGAACAUCCUCGCCAUACGAACACCCCCUGUUCCAUUCCACAGUUCUGUCUGUGAAAUCCAAAAUCUAAUUUUCAUGAACCGCCUUUCGUUCCAUUUUGAUGUUUUGAAACAUACAUUUUAUUAUACUUUGGUUUUAAGGUUUGAUAUUGUGACUUGUCCUAACUUUACUUAAUUUUCAAAUACUAUCGCUACUAAGAUUUAGAAGAGAUUGUGAAGUUUGUGUUGAUGUUCGGAAACAAGUGGCUCAUUUUGAAAGCAGUUGAAGGAAUUUUUAAAGGGAAGGGGAUGAAUCAAGGCCAGGAGUUAUUUGGUGACGCUUUUUCGAAAAGACAUUUUCUUGUACAAAUGGUAUAUUUGUGUACAACUCCUGCGCCGCUUUUAAUGUUCAUUGUGAAGAUAUUUGAUUGUUUGUAUAUUUUUAAAAUUGACGAGUAUAGAAUGACCGUGUCCCCGUGAGCUCGCUGCUGUCGCCGCGCCGACCGCCACGUGCGCCAUGGACGGCCGAGGCGCGGCUUUGGUGUAUCUAGCACGGUUACGAUUUACCAGUGUUUGUGCGAUUGCACGGACACUUGUACACGGAGA